AUGGCAACUUCUCUCAAAAUCCGGAAAGGGGUCGUGACUCGCCAAUUUAAUGUGCUAGCCGACGCCCUGAAAAAUUAUGCCAGUCUGGGUGAAACCGAAAUAUCCGCCGUGGAAGGAGAUUUCGCGGCAAAAAUGUGCGAAAUAGACUCAGCGUUAGUAUAUAUUCGCACUGUACAAACUUCUCUCCAAAAGGCCAUUUACGCGUUUGCCGAAACUGUUGACAGCAUAGAAAUGCCACCAGGAGGUGAAAAAGAAAAGCGCGUUUCGCAACACAUCGAAAAAGUCAACACACUUCUUUCCGAAACGGAAACAUUUCUCGCGCGUCUUGAGGUGCAAAAACACGUCUUGACGACGAAAAUGAGAACUCAAACAGGAGUACAAGUAUAUCCGGACCCUGGAGUGCAAAAUCAGGAAGCACCGGUGGGCCGCGUAGAAUUACCCAGGCUUCCUAUUCCAGAAUUUAACGGCAAGAGCUGGCAGUGGGACAAUUUCUGGGAAUUGUUUAACGCCACAGCGCACUCACUCCCGCUCUCAAAUUUACAGAAGUUCAAUUAG